AGGAAGGUACCUCUAAUAGGACUUUGUCUAAUAUGGCUGUGUCCUUUAUGGCAGAGGGUCCCAACCACCGGGUACCAAUGGGCUGCUUGAACCAGGCCACGGAAAUCUUUGAGAAGCAAUGAUUAUUAAAAAAAAGUAAAAAAAAUAAAACAAAACAAUUUUGUAAAUAACUACAUAAAAUUUUAUGUAAAUGUAUAUCAGUUUUGGAAAUGACGGCGACACCACAUAUGUGCUCGUUGUGUGUGGGGAGAAGUUAGUUGUUUUGUCUUUUCGGAUUAAAAUGAAAAGUAACCCCCAGAAUUUUUCACAAUGGUAUUGAAGAUCAUUCCCGUCCAAUCAGGUAAAAACAUGCUGCAUCUGUCACCCACACACAUCAAACCACGCUAUUAUCUGGUACAUGGGCUCAGAAAGGUUGGGGACUGCAGUUUUUUGGCGUAAAAAAAUAAAAGUACAAUGGAUCACAGGUCUGUGUAGACAGCAAGUUCACACUUAAACAGCAUCUGCUUGAAAAAUACAUUAUAAAUAUCCAAUUUUACCCUCAUGGGCCUUUGGUACAAAAUCUAAAUAGUCAUUACAUCAUUUUUGGACUGUGAAGGUGCUGUGAUUUACACACUGAGGGGGGAAAAAAAAAGUAAAAUGAUAAGAAACAAGUUGUAAUAUCCAAAGAAUAAAACUAGAAUAUAGUUGUAUUUUGGGGGCAGCCAUAGUAGAGGAAUAAAGUUGUAAUGUCAUUAAGUGAAAUGUCUAAAUUCCUACACGAACCCACACACAACUGUCUCGAGAAUAGCAGUGUGUCGCUCUAUAGAGAUUUGCUAUAAAUUAAUCAUGUAAUGUUGCAUUUUUGUUCAAACCCAACAAAACAGUUGAUAUCAGUGUGGUAGUCUGGGUUGUUUCUUUUCCUGUGUGGACCUAAUCAAAUCUUUGAUAUACAAAACACAAAAGCAUGGGCCGGCUGUUGCUGUCUGGCUUACAAACUCGAUCGUCAUAACUUGUCAGUUGCAACUUUGAGCAGAGGUGUGUCCUUGAAGAGUACCCUUAAAUGCGCUGGUGCCCCCUCCAGCUCUAACACUGUAAUGUUGUUGGGCAUAGUGGUGCUCAGCAAGGGUCCAGGAACAUAGAGGGUCUGUUGCGGGCCCCUGGCUGGCCAGUAUCGCCCCAUAUUCACACCAUUAAUCCAAACCUGGCCCUGAAAAAAAGAACCAACAUCAGAAGGGCACAAAUAAUUUGCCUUUAAAUGGGUCACACUACCUUUGUCCAAUUUGUAAGUUUGAGAAAGGUGUCCCACGCUACACCAUUAGGCUGCAAUGUUCCCAUGUAGAAAGUAGGCCCGACAGAAGGUCCGCCUUUAAGGUUAGGAAGGGACUCUUUGUCGAGUGAGUGAGGCCAUCCAGCAGCAAUAGCGCCAUCAAUACCCAGAGGGUACAUCUUCCAAUCAGUUAGUACAUCCUGACCCAAGAUCAGGUUGCUGAGGAUCCCCUGGAAUUGGUUAUAAAAAAGUAUUAAACCCGAUUAUCGAAGAAAUGCAAUAUGUUGUAUCGAAUCUGUGUAGUCUUACCUUGUAGUCAUUAAUAUGGCUGCCAAAGUCAACCCUGCCCAUGUUCUCCACAAGGAUGUCCACAAGGUCCCCCUGCCGUCCAGUGACGUUCAUCACCAGUACAGUGUCUCUCUCCAAGAGACCCUGGAAAACCUGUUCACACAAACUUGCUUAUUAGACACAACGAACACCUGAAGAAUAACCUGACCUGCACACCUGAUUAAGCAUACAACAAAAAUUCAUUGUGAGGGCUUACCCCAUUGACAGACACAUACGCACGGUCAUGAACACCAUUCAUUGGCGUGAUGAGCGGCGUGGGCUCUGAGAGGUCCCGGGGUAGUAUGGUCUGGUAAAGCAUGUAUCCAUAGAACUGAACAUAAUAGCCUUGUUAGGUUUCAGGCACACAGGCAGCCUGGGGAGUUCUCCAUGAUUUGAGACAGUCUACAUAUUUUCUGAGUGACACUACCUGCUUGAGAUCCUCAAAGGUCAAAGGGUACUGAGACUGAACAGGCUUCAUGGGGGAAAGAGUGUCCAACAAGCUGCUGAUGUUGCCCACCUGGAAAGUAAUGUAGUCUAUGCAUAAAAGGCACUUAAAGCACCACCCCCUGCAAUUACUAAAUGCAAUUUUCACUGACGCCAUUAAUUAGCCACUGGCUGUAAUCUUGCACGGAAAUACCACCUAUAAAUAUCAUUUCGACCUCUUAAUAUCCUAAAAUAUAUAAACUAAGAAUUCCCAACCUGGUGUGAUGGAAUGUGACAGAUUUUAUAAGUGUCAGCAGUUACAUGGACUCUCUUUCCUCAUACUGUGGCUACUCAUCCUCAGUACAUGAUGCAAUUCAUAAUAAUGGUGAUGGUUUAAUUUAUCUUGAACGUGCACACAAAUUACAAUGGAGCACAUCACAUAACACAAAUCAUACCCGGAUACCUUUUUUAGUGUCACAAAACCAUAGGCAAAUUUGGGAGUUGCAGGUGGCAUGGGUCCAAGGGGAAUGGCUUUAAACUGUAGAAAAAAAGUGGUGCGUUCACUGUGUGUACAAGGGACCUAAUUAAAUUGGCAUUAGAAUGAUUUAUACCAGUUUAAUGACGUCUCGGAUGGCCAACAGCUUCUCCGUGAGGUCCCCUGCCUCAGUAAGCGGGGCAUCAUAAUCGUAACUAGUCACCACAGGACGGAACCUGGUGUCGUGAUCAGCACCUUUUGGGCCGAGGAGAGUGAGAAGGGCUAAUGAACUAAUGACAGAAACAGCCGUUUACAGCCAUCCAUUUUACAGCAAAUCCUAUAUUUAUGAUAAGUGAAUAUAACCGUACCAUUCCAAUAGCCAAAGUUGGUGCCGCCUUCAAACAUAUACCUGCAAAGACAUUUUGGAUUAGUCUACUCUUCCAUAGUUUGAUUCUGGAACAAAUUCUUUCUACUAUCAUUGUUUCCUAAAGGAGAAAUUGCUUCAAAACGGAUUGAUGAGCUGGAUGUGAUUGCACUGUAGAAAGGAAGAAAAUGUGUUGAGGGUUUGUGGGGACCUACAUGUUGACGUUUGCCCCCAUGGCUAGCAUCUCUGCUAACCCUCUGCUGACCUUCUGAGUGUCAACCAUAGCAUGCUGAUCUCCCCAGUGAUCCAACCAGCCAGUGUAAAACUCUGAAUUGACCUGCAACGACAGUUAUUUGGUGAGAUCAUAUCAUUAAACAACUCUUAUUAUUAAUUUUAAAUAAAUUGGAUCACAACAGUAUAACUAACCAAUGGACCUUGAGGUUCAAACUGCCGUUGUCGUCUGAAGGCUUCAGUUAUGUUGUCGCCUGGCAAACAGGACAGUAGAAAUUGUAGCUUUCUAUAAACUAGAUUCUACUAAUAGAAGACACCCUGCAUAUGUCAACCUGUGCCAAAGUCCACAGUGGCAUAUAACCCCUGUAGGGUCCCGCAUCUCAUCUCUUUGUCUGUGUUUCCAUCAGUGGUGAAAAGGAUGGUGUCUUCACCCAGAAAUACUCGCAGCAGAGUCCGCAGAUGACGCAUGUAGUUGUAGUCACAAGCGUAGUAGCUUCCAUACUCAUUCUCAACCUGCACUUCGGAAAUAAUUUUAAUGCUAACAAUAUCAAAUACUGUAAAAUGGAACCCCUCAGUUCCUGUUCAGUUAAAUCAAUCUUGCUGGUCCUUUACCUGGACACUAAUGAUGUUUCCACCAUGAAUAUACAGCCAAGGCUUCAGUUUGGGGAGGAGAACAGCAAACCAAUUAGUGACUGCCUGUAAAUAGUCUGAAGAAGAAGACAAAUUUAAAGCAAGACCAAAACAAAACCUUAACAUUAGCACGUUGUACCUGUAUCAGAGGAGCGAAGUACAAUGGUUGGCUUAUUAAGCAACCACGCCGGCAAACCCCCCUGCAAGAGACAAAUGAUGUUUGUACCAAUACUAAAUAUUUUUAAUUAAACGAGCAAUUCAAGUGCAUAUACAUUUGAAUCUCUAAAGCAGCGGUUAACAUCUUUUAACACUUGUAUGACAAUUUGUUUUAUCACAUACCUUUUAUAGUUUUAUAUCUUAAUAAUCAUAGUGAUUGACUAAUUGCACAAAUAAGACCCUGAGACAGACUAGUUACAUUAUUUCCUAUGUUUCAAAAUCCAAGCAAAUCAGUCAACCAGCAUCUUUGAACAACCUCGACCUUAGAGGUUCUACUGUACAUGAAUAUGGAAGUUAAUGAUGCAAUUUCUCACCAUCUCCCAUUCGGCACAGAUGUAUGGGCCUGGGCGCAGGAUAACCAAAAGACCUGUCUGAUUGGCCAGAUCCAAGAAAUGCUCCAAAUCCCUGUCUCCUGAGAAGUUGUGGACCCCUUCUACUGUUUCAUGGAAAUUCCAGGGCACAUACCUGCAAUGCAUGAAUUAAGACAAAAAAUAUGACCAAUAAAGACACACUAUUAGCGUCAGAUGAUAUUGUGAUUCAUCAGGCUUACACUUGGAUGGCAUUAAGCCCAGUCAUGUACAUCUUGAGCAGACGAUCCUUCCAGUAGAAGCGUGGAAUUCUGGAGUAGUGGAUACUGCCUGAGAUGUACUGAAAGGGCUUCCCAUCUUUUAGGAAACAGUUGUUUUUGUAGUCUAUGGUGAAUGAUCUCCUUGAUGACACCUGCAAGACAAACACGUAAGAGUUCGAGUGAACUCCAUCUGUCAAUCAAACGUGAGCAUUGAAUCUUUGUGAGAGCAGAUUUACAAGAUAUACCGCUCUUGUAUCGAACCGCGUUAAGAUUGCGAGGGUGUAUGUCACAUACUUGUUAUAUAUGGUAUUUCCCCUUGGUACAAAUACAGUUUUUGAAUUUGAAUUCCAUAGAAUAAACUUUAUUGAAGCCUCAAAGUAUGUAAUAACCAUCCACAGUGUAGCAAAAUACUGGACGUUAUCUCCACUGGCUGUCAGACAGUUCAAACUAAAGGAAAGCCAAUUAUUCAAAUAGUAGUAUGAUUAACUUUGACAGGUCCCUUUUUGUGUUGUCUAUCUUCUUACCCCAUGGUAAGAUAACCACGCACAGCUCACUAUGAAGAUGAACAGCAACACACUGCGGUACAUGUCUGCUUCCUUCGUUGUUGAUUCCCCACUGAAGAAGCUAAAACAUUGUCUUGGCCACUGCGAGGAACAUUUUUGUUUGUGUUUAGAGGACUAAGCAGUUUAAAAAGUAUGAACGUUCUAGUAGUUUGUUGUUAGUGGGCAAGACCAGGCGCCAUCAUGUGACGUACUGUGCGCCUCUUCCGGGUCCUAAACUCCGUUUUUUUAAACAAAUCACCAACGGCGUCAGCCUGCUAAAAUAUUAAUACAGCGCUAUGUUUUGACAUCAUUACUCACACCAAGUUAGGGAUAUUUCAGAUACAUUUCAGGAUGAACCUAAAAUGUACUACUGUAUAACCUUUACGGGUGAACUUAAUUUGAGCUUCUCUCAGUUUGAAUGCACAUGUCCAACAUGUUCAAUACUUCGCGCAUAACUUGCUGUUCUCUAACAUAACAGUUGUGCAUAUCCCUAACUUUUUGUGAGUAGCAUGAUGAAUUAAUUGAAUAUGCUAAUUGAAUUGGAUGAAUUAUAAUACACUUCUGUUUAUAAAUGACCACCCAAACCAUUUGAUGUUGAUGAUGGUACUGUGUUUUUAAAAUUUCUUUUCUGACACUAGAUGGCGCCCGAGUAAAGCUGCCGACUUGAUCACACUGGUAUUAAUGUAACUGUGAAUGAUUGACCAGUCCAGGGUGUACCGUCUCUCGCCCGAAGUCAGCUGCACGAAGUUAGCCGCGCCCCCAGUGAGGAUAAGCGGCAUAGAUGCCAUGGAUGGACAUGGAAAACAGGUGCAAAAAUGCCAGGUUUUUACAGGCAAUAUGAAAGAGACUUGUGUUGCAUUGGCUUGAACACAUUCCUGCCACCAAGCUGGGCGUUGAGAUCACAGAAAGUUGAAAAGGGAAUUACAAACUGUCAUGAAGACAAACAGCACUUACUCGUCAGUUAAUAGCUCCAUUUGUAACAUAUCUUUAGAAGCAGCCUUUUCCCACUUCCACCCCCUCAUUGUUUGUGCUCAUUUCCUGAACGCCCCCUAAUUCAUCUGAAGUUAAUUGAAAGGUGACUGCUUAAAAUUGCUAAUGGCCGCUGAUGCCGACUGCAGAUAGAACAAAAUGCCCCGGCUCUGUGGCUCAUUAGCUCCCUGUCAGAGGAGGCUAAUGAGAGGAAGAAGAAGGACAUACUUGGGCUUGUAAUUCGGUUAUGAGUGUGAUUGCGUCCCAUCGGGGGCGGCUUGUCCGUAUCUUAGCUUUGAAGUCACUUAGCUUUUAGAAAAUUGAUGUUGCGCCGCAAAAAGUCAGCGACUAAUGUGAGAGGAUACUAUAGUGGUGGUCUGAAAGAAGCAACUGUGACUAACGCAAACAUUAUUGUGGUCACACACUGGAUUGCAUAUUGUUUUUAUUUUACACUCUGCAGUCUCUUUUCAACCACUGCGCGGGCAGAGCAGACAAUAAACAAAAAAACAAAGGCUGUUCGUGUUGGGGGCAAAGCAACGCGCUCACCCUGAGGUGGGGCAUCACCUCAAUGACGUAAUGUCCCCAGAGUCUGUAAUUAGAUUGAACGCUCCCUUCUCCAAGGCACCGCCACCCUCCCAUUCCCCAAAAUAAGUCCUCUUUGUUGUCUGUGCUGGAAGCAGGUGUUUUACCCCACCCCUAGCCCCCACAUCUUCUAGAGAUACAGUUCUGAUGUCCUGACACAGCUGAUGUUACAUGGAUCCAUACAUUUUACACUUUACUGUAGUACUGAAGACCAAUAAACAUGGCAGAGCUACUGGAUUUACAAAAAGAUUUUUAUUGGGGUAGAAUGUUGAAUGUAAGAUAUCACACUGCUAAUAAUGAUUAUUUUCUUUUUCGUGUGGUGCACAUUUGAUUGUGUUUCCAUUGUGUAGGGCAGAGUCUCCAAACAUUAUCCGCUGGAGGCCACAUAUAGAAAAAUUGAAGAUAUUCUUCACAUUUUAAUGUGUUAAACACACUAAUAUUACUCUGAUGUUAGCACAGCUGCAACAAUUAAACCAUCAAUCGAUGAUUAAUCAAUUAUCCAAAUAAUCGACAAGUAUUUUGUUCUUCGAUUAAUGUUUUUUUUUAUUUAAAAAUGUAAAUAUCCUCUGAUUUCAGCCUCUCGAAUGUGAACAUUCUUUUUCUUUCCUUAGUCUUCCAUGAAAGCGGACCUGUUAUCUUUUGUGUUUUAGGCAACACAAGAUAUUCACACACAUCAGCUUUGACUUUGGGAAACGGUGAUUGACAUUUUUGCCUCUUCUGAUAUGGUGAGGACCAAACCACUACUUGUUUGUGGUUGGUUCAUUUUGAUUUGGCCCCAACCGAUUAAUUGAAAGAAUAAGCUCCAGGUUAAUCGACUAAGAAAAUAAUUGUUAGUUGCAGUGCUAGAUGUGAGACAAGGUCUGCUAAGCUAUUGAAUAAAUCUUAAAAAAAAAAAAAAAAACAGUCUACAGCAAGGGUGCUCACACGUUUCAGCCUGCGAGCUACCGUGCUUUUAAAAUGACCAAGUCUCAAAGGUCUAUCUCCUACUAUAAACAUAGAAAAUAUAUACGUAUAUAAAUAUAUGUAUUUGAUCAAGAAAUCUGCAAAUUCAGUGAUUCUUACAUCAGAAAAUGUUAAAAACGAUUGGAAUCAUACCAAAAAUAGCUUUACAAUGCAGUUCAAUUAACAAAUAUGAAUAUUUAAAUGGUCUUCCACUUUUAUAGCAGUUUUCCACCUCCAAGGAACUCAAAUCGCUUUGACACUGCUAGCACAUUUACCUACUGAUGACACAGCAUCAGGAGCUACUGGGGGUUCAGUAUCUUGCCCAAGGACACUUCGACACGAUCACGGGAGGAGUGAUCCCGUGAUCGUGAGGACGGAGGAUCGAGCCCGCAACCUUCAGCCUCCCCUGACCGCACGUCACUGCUACGAACUAGUUGCUGCAGCAGGAGGCUGUAUUCAACCAUGGAAUGGUGAUAGAGAAAAAAGACACGAAGCGAGCUGAAAUAAGAAACAAACCCAGGAAAGUUGCAUGCAGUGUUGUAUCAUGAAGUGAUGGCACAAGCAGGGGGAGCAGUUAUUGGGGGUCCCGUGUGUGGCUGAGGCAUAAAGAACAGUUUCUUCCCUCCACUGUCAGCUCCUGUGAUGACGCAUCUCUGGUCCUCAUCACCGACUAUGGAAAAGUGAUCAACCUGCAGAAGCCAGAGCUAAGUCGAGACACGGUGUACCCCAUGCACCCCAGCAGUAUCCACGGAGUGGAGGACAUGUCCACACUGGCAGAGCUGCAUGAAGCUGCCAUCAUGCACAACCUCUUUCUGCGCUACCAGAGAGACAACAUCUACACCAACAUAGGCUCCAUCCUGGCAGCCGUAAAUCCCUACAAGCAGAUUGCGGGCCUUUACGACGGAACCUCAGUGGAUUUGUACAGCAAACACCAGAUGGGGGAGCUGCCUCCUCAUAUAUUUGCCAUUGCCAACGAGUGUUACCGCUGCCUGUGGAAGAGACACGACAGCCAGUGUGUUCUCAUUAGUGGAGAAAGCGGUGCCGGCAAGACGGAGAGCACCAAGCUGCUGCUCAAGUUCCUCUCAGUGAUGAGUCAGAACUCAGCAGGCGCACCUCCAUCGGAAAGAACCACCAGAGUGGAGCAGGCCCUCAUCCAGAGCAGUCCUAUCAUGGAGGCAUUCGGGAAUGCAAAGACGGUGUACAACAACAACUCCAGCCGUUUCGGGAAGUUCAUCCAGCUCCACUUCUCCCAGAAUGGAAACAUCCAGGGAGGCUGCAUCAUUGAUUAUUUGCUUGAAAAGAACCGUGUGGUACGACAAAAUCCAGGGGAAAGAAACUACCACAUCUUCUAUGUGCUGUUAGCGGGGGCCGACAAAGACCGCAGAGACAUGUAUUUACUGUCAGACGGUCCCGAGUCUUACCACUACCUGAGCCAGUCAGGCUGCAUGCAGGACAGCUGCCUGGACGACAAGCAGCUUUUUGACAGCGUCAUGUCGGCCCUGCAAGUGAUGGAGUUUAGCGAGGAGGAGAUCAGAGACGUGUUCAAGUUACUGUCUGCCGUACUUCAGAUGGGAAACAUUGAAUUUAUGACCGCUGGUGGAGCUCAGAUCACUUCCAAAGGGGUGGUCAGCAAUGUCAGUGAGCUGCUCGGCCUGGACUCCUUCCAGCUGUCUGAGGUGUUGACCCAGCGCUCCAUGAUCCUCAGGGGAGAGGAGAUCUGCUCGCCGCUCACUGUCGAGCAGGCCGUGGACUCGCGGGACUCGGUCGCCAUGGCGCUUUAUUCCCAGUGUUUCUCCUGGAUUAUAAUGAGGAUCAACCAGAAGAUUAAAGGCAGAGACAACUUCAAGUCCAUCGGCAUCCUGGACAUCUUCGGCUUUGAGAACUUCGAGGUGAACCGCUUUGAGCAGUUCAACAUCAACUACGCCAACGAGAAGCUCCAGGAGUAUUUCAACAAGCACAUCUUCUCACUGGAACAGCUGGAAUACAACAGGGAAGGAAUCCAGUGGGAGGCCAUCGACUGGAUGGACAACGCUGAGUGUCUGGAUCUCAUUGAGAAGAAACUGGGCAUGUUGGCUCUUAUCAAUGAGGAGAGUCGCUUCCCCAAAGGCACUGACUACACCCUUUUGGAGAAACUGCACAGUCGACAUGCAACUAACCCGUACUACGUGAAGCCCAGAGUGACCGACCACCAGUUUGGCAUUAAGCACUAUGCUGGAGAGGUGCUUUACGACGCUCGUGGCAUCCUGGAGAAGAACAGAGACACCUUCAGGGACGACAUAUUGUUUAUUCUAAAAGACAGCAGGCUAGACUUCAUCUACGACCUCUUUGAGCGUGUGGGCAGCAGAAAUGGAGAAGAGACGUUGAAGAUGGGCACAGCCCGACGCAAGCCCACCGUCAGCUCUCAAUUCAGGGAAUCUCUCCAUUCGCUGAUGGCCACACUAAGUGCCUCCAACCCCUUCUUUGUCCGCUGCAUUAAACCAAACAUGGCUAAGAAAGCCAACCAGUUUGAUCCAGAUGUGGUCUUGAACCAGCUGAGAUACUCCGGAAUGUUGGAAACUGUUAAGAUCCGCAAAGCUGGAUUCCCAGUUCGCCGCACCUUUAAGGAUUUCUCCAACAGAUACAAGAUAAUCCUGAAGAACAAAAUCCAGACGGAAGAUGAGAAGCAGAGUUGCUUCAAGCUUCUUGCACGUCUUGAAAGCACGAAGAAAGAGUGGCAACUAGGAAAGACAAAGGUGUUCCUAAAGGAGGCCCUGGAGCAAAGGCUGGAGAAGGAGAGGGAGGAGGUGCGGCAUAAGGCUGGCAUGGUGAUCCGCGCCCACAUCCUCAGUUAUGUGGCAAGGAAGCAGUACAAGAGGUCUCUGGCCAGCAUCGUCACCAUCCAGAAGAACUACCGCGCUCACUUUUGGAGGCGAAGCUUCCUGCGACUGCGCCUGGCCUCCGUUGUCCUGCAGAAGCACCACAGAGGCCAGCUGGCCCGAUCCCUCUGUCGGCAGCUCAGGGAGGAGAAACGCAGGAAAGAGGAGGAGGAGAGGCGGCGUGUAGAAGAAGAGGAGAGAAGGAUGGAGGAGGAGAGGAGGCGACAGGAGGAGGAGAGUAGAAAGCGGGAGGAAGAGGAGGAGAGACAGAGACUGCUGAAUGAGGAGCUGAAGAGGAAGGCAGAAGAGGAGCUGAGGCUCAUGAAGGAGACAGAGGAGGAACAUCAAAAGGCUGCAAAUGGCGACAUUAAAAGGAACUCACUGGUGGUGAAUGGUGCUCGUCAAAAGAAGGAUCUGUCACAGACUACGUCCUACAACUACACCACCGACGAAGAGAGCCGUCAGAUGGAGGAGAUCCUGCGCUUGGAGAGAGAAAUCGAACGCCUGCAGAAGCAGCAGGAAGACGGUGUGUCUCUUCUCGGGGAGAUCUCCCGUGAGGAGUUACGGCAGAUGAGGGAGGCUGAGAUCUACCGACUGGAGAAAGAGGCCUCCCGCGUGGCGACAGAGUUCCUGGACCUUUUGGACUUUGGUGGUUUAGAGCCGUCGCUGUCGAGUGAGGAGAACCUCCACGACCCAACUGAAUCGACCGCUCCUCUGGCUGAGGAGGAGGUAGACGAGGGUUUCCAUGCUGAAGAUGAGUGCGUUCCUUUACCUGACUUACCCCCACCAGCUGCAGUCCCCUUGGACAAGGAAGUAUUCCAAAGUGUGCCCCCUCCUCCAGCUGCCUUUGCAGAAGAGCUCCGUGUCCGCUCUCCCUUGGCCUCCUCAGCUCCCCCAAACCGACUGAAUCAUCUCCCCAACUCCCAACUCCCCGGCCCUGCUCCUCCUGCGAUCUCCAAUGGAGACAAACGGCCAUGCCAGGGGACCAAUGAGAGUCAGGAGCUGUGUUGUUCCAACCUGCCUGACACAGAGUCGGACUAUGAUCAGGAGGAGUUUGAGGAGGUUCACGGGAGCUCGGGUGCUAGCAUUAAUGAUGGUCACAUUACUGAUGAGGAGGUGCUGCGGAAAUCCUCCUGCACCCACAACAGCCUGGACUCCUUCAGAGGCAGCUCGGACUCGUUCAUCGACACUGACGAGGACAACGACGUCUACGUGGACACGGACGAGGAGGUUUCCAACGGGAGGAUGAAUCUACUGAAUGGCAGCGGGCCUCCUUAUUUCCAUGGCUAUCUCUACAUGAAGAGUGGACUCAUGAUACCAUGGCGUCGCCGCUGGUGCGUACUGAAAGACGACACCUUCAUGUGGUUCCGGGCCAAACAGGACUCGCUCAAGUCCGGCUGGCUUUACAAGAAAGGUGGGGGAAUGUCCACCCUGUCCCGGCGCAAUUGGAAGAUGCGCUGGUUCGUCCUGAGGGAGUCCAAGCUGAUGUACUUUGACAACGACAGCGAAGAGAAGCUCAAAGGGACCAUUGACAUCUGCACAGCCACGGAGAUAGUGGACAAUCAUGAGAAGGAAAAUGCACUCAAUAUUGUAACUGGGGAGAGGACUUACCACAUCUACGCAGAAUCCCCAGAAGAUGCCAGUGGUUGGUUCAGUGUGCUGAGUCGUGUCCACAGUGCCAGCCCAGAGCAGCUCAUGGAGAUGCACCAUGAACAGGCCAACCCAAAGAAUGCAGUGGGCACGCUAGAUGUGGGCUUGAUUGAUUCGGUCUGUGCGUCAGACAACCCUGACAGACCAAACUCUUUUGUGAUCAUCACCGCCAACCGGGUGAUUCACUGCAACACGGACACACCUGAGGAGAUGCAUCACUGGAUCGGCUUGCUGCAGAAAUCUAAAGGAGACUCCAAGGGGGAUGGACAGGAGUUUCUGGUCCGAGGCUGGCUACAUAAAGAGAUGAAGUCUGGGGUGAAAAGCACGUCUCUGAAGCUGAAGAAACGUUGGUUUGUUCUCACCACAAACUCCCUCGACUACUACAAGUCAUCUGAGCGCAGCGCCUCCAAACUGGGAACACUGGUCCUCAAUAGCCUGUGUUCUGUGGUUCAACCUGAGGAAAAGGUCUUCAAGGAUACUGGUUACUGGAAUAUCAUCAUCCACGGGCGUAAACACUCCUACCGCCUGUACACCAAAAUGCUGAAUGAAGCCAUGCGGUGGACAAAUGCCAUACAGGGAGCCAUUGACAGCAAAGUUCCCAUUGAAACACCAACACAGCAACUCAUAAGGGACAUCAAGGAGAGCAGUUUGAAUGUGGAGGCAGUGGAGCAGACGUACUGGAGGAACCCCAUCCUGAGAUACACCCAGCAUCCUUUGCACUCCCCUCUUCUGCCUCUACCUUACGGAGAUGUCAGCAUCCACUUGCAAAAGGAGAAGGGUUACACCAGCCUGCAAGAUGAAGCUGUGAAGAUCUUCAACUCGCUGCAAGAGAUGGAGGCAGUGUCAGACCCGGUGCCCAUCAUCCAGGGAAUCCUGCAGACCUGCCAAGAUCUGAGGCCGCUGAGGGACGAGGUCUACUGCCAGCUGAUCAAACAAACCAAUCACGUCCCUCACCCCAAUAGCCCCUCCAACCGCGCCCACUGGCAUCUUCUCACCUGCAUGAGCUGCACCUUCCUGCCCAGCCGCGGCAUUCUGCGCUACCUCAAGUUUCACCUCAAACGGGUGAAGGAGCUAUUCCCUGGCACAGAGAUUGAAAUGUUUGCGCAUUUCAUCAGCGAGUCUCUGAAGAAAACCAAAACCAGGGAGUUUGUUCCCUCCCAGGAGGAAAUCAUAGCACUACUUACAAGACAGGAAAUGACCACAACAGUCUACUGUCAUGGAGGCGGCUCGUGCAAGAUCUCCAUUAACUCACACACCACCGCCGGAGAGGUGGUGGAGAAGCUGAUCAGAGGUUUGGCCAUGGAGGACAGCAGAAACAUGUUUGCUCUUUUUGAGCACAACAACACUAUUGACAGAGCUGUGGAAAGCAGGGUGCUGGUGGCCGACGUUCUGGCUAAGUUUGAAAGACUGGCUGGCAGUGAAGAAGCUGAGGACGAAGGCCAGUGGAAACUCUACUUCAAACUCUACUGCUUCCUGGAUGUGGAAAGCAUGCCAAAGGAGGGGGUGGAGUUUGCCUUCAUGUUUGAGCAGGCCCAUGAGAGUUUAACCAGAGGACACUUCCCCGCCCGUGAGGAGACGCUGCAGCACCUCGCUGCUUUGCGCCUGCAGUUCCUACACGGAGACAAAACGCGGGCUGCUUGGAGCCUGGACAGCGUCUACCCCGUGGGCCGCCUGCGCAGUCGCAUCUUGCAGUACACCAAGAUGGGCGGAGCCUCGGGGUCGGGUCAGACUUUAGAGCGACGGAGGACGAGCUUCCUGGACGGGACUCUGCGGCGGGGCUUGAAGACAGGCUCCUUGAAGAAGCAGCGCAUGGAGGAGGAGCAGAUGCUGGAGAUGUGGAUCAAAGAGGAGAUGUCUGCCACCAGGGCCAGCAUUGUGGAGAAGUGGUCCCGCCUCCAAGGUCUGAUCCAGCACCAGGCCAUGCUGAAAUACAUGACUAUCAUCAAGGAGUGGCCUGGCUAUGGCUCCACGCUGUUUGAUGUUGAGUGCAAAGAAGGCGGAUUCCCUCAUGAUCUUUGGUUGAGUGUGAGUGCGGAAAAUGUGUCUGUUUACAAGAGAGGAGAACCAAAGCCCCUGGAGACCUUCCCCUAUGAGCACAUCAUAUUCUUUGGAGCCCCACAACCCUGCACCUACAAGAUCACUGUGGAUGAGAGAGAGAUGUUCUUUGAAACGCCACAGGUUGGAGAGAUCACCAAGAUUAUGAAAGCCUACAUCAACAUGAUUGUCAAGAAGCGGUGCAGUGUUAAGUCGGUGUCCAGCUAUGGAAGUAACUGGAUAAGGUGAUUGAGAGAAGAGAGCAAACACAAGAAAUCUUCUUUUACAAGUGCAAGCAAUGUGUCUCUCAAAGAGGAGCUAAGAGCACCGUGUCAACACUGGUCCCUUCUCACAUUAGUUGCAUUUGGAUUUGUUUUGUUUUUUGUUUUUAAGCAAAGACGAGACAAUUCAGCUCAUGUUUUACCAAACAACAUGUCAAAAAAUGAUGCCAUUUUUCAAAAUUACUCCUUUUUUCUUUGAAGUGGACAUCCCCUUGUAAUGAAUGUUUCCCGAAUAAGAGAUUUCCUCAGGUUAAGGUGUACGCAACUGUAAAAAAGCUUGCCUUAUUGAACAAUUUUAGACUAAACUGUUUGCGUUACAGUGCAGAUGUGGCCUUUAAAGAUGAUUGUAACUCGUGAGUUAGUAUCCAUAAAGGAAGUGCAGCUAACAGAUGCUUUAGUGUUACAAAGUGAUGCUGUCAAUCAAUAACCACUGCACACUAAUUAAUUUUAAAAUGAGCUUAAGUGUUUCUAGAAAUAACAAAAGCAGCUUCCUUGUGUGCAUUAUUGAGUGAAUUAACGAAUCUUUUAGGCCAUGUUGAGGGUGAGAUAUUUAUUUAUUUGCAGUACUAAUGGACUCAAAAAUUCCAUUUGCUGCCGUUUUGAAUGAUUUGUGCACAUAAUUCACAAGAAAUAGGACAUAUCUUUAAGCUACUCAAUUGUGUGCCUUGCGUCCACAUUAAAAUAGGCGAGGUGUGUUACCCUCCGAGCCCAACCAAGCUUCCACGUCAUUUCUGAUCAUUAUCCCAAUAUAUUGAGCUUAGUAUUUACCUCACAAGGCAUCACUGGCUUCCGUUAACAUACUUGCAUAGAUCUGGUCAGCUGCCGGCGGCCACACCAGACUGUUGAUUGCCAUUGACGAUGACUGUAUCUUCAGAUUUCUGAUUGUUUUCAAGUAAAGGAAAAAAAAAAUCAGAAAAUGUUUUAUAUCAAAAUUUACAGAUGCUUUAAUAAAUUAUUGUAUUUCAAAAGCUGA